ACGGCUUCCACUCAUCGUAUACCCUUCGUGGUUGUGAUUGUCGCGAUGCGUAUAGUUUAUGCGAGAUACACACAAAUAAUCGGUGCGUCCAGCGAUUAUCGGUGGAAAAAAAUAAUAUCGGUGUCUCGUUUAUCGUGAAGUUUUUAUUGAUACAAUUUUUCCCGUGCAGGGGCGACCUUCUUUCUCGCCGUUAUUGGCUGUGAGCCCCGUGUGUGCCGUAAUCAUGAAUAAGAGGAUCGUCAGCGCGAAACUAUUGGAAUAUCAUGAACAUAGUAACAGUGUAAUUUAGAAAUGGAAAAUUAAAUUAAGGCAUAACAGUGGACAAAUGAUUUUUAUACUUCGUUAGUUAUCGUGCAAUAGAUCGGCUGACUGUUGUUGCGUGUCUUGAACGUGCAGCGAAACCGUUUCCGAACGCAGAGCUCAGCAUGGUGAUACGAUCUGACGGUGGUAGCAGUGAAAGUCCAUUACUUGUGGAAGAAGGAGAAACAGUUGGUGCACCUCACAGUCCACGCAGCAAACAUAAUCACAGUCAUUCACAUGCUAAUCCCCAUAGGUCCCAUAGCUACCGCCAUGAAAAACCAAAACAGCUAGUAAAAUAUGGAGAGCUAGUUAUUCUUGGAUACAAUGGAUUCCUCCCACCAGGAGACAGAGGAAGGAGAAGGAGUAAGUUUGUUCUAUUUAAGAGGCCUGUACCAAAUGGCGUGAUAGUGGAAUAUACCGAGGAUGAAGGAACUGAUAUGUUUCAGGUUGGACGUUCUUCCGAAUCUCCUAUUGACUUCGUCGUUAUGGACACAUGUGCAGGCGGUAGUGACGGUUCUAACGAAGGACGUGUUGCUCAGAGCACAAUUAGCAGGUUUGCCUGUCGGAUUCUAGCUGACCGGUCAGAUCCUAGAAUCGCAAGAAUAUACGCGGCAGGUUUUGAUAGUUCGAGAAAUAUCUUCUUAGGGGAAAAAGCAACCAAGUGGCAAGAAAAUCGUGAAAUCGAUGGACUUACGACAAAUGGCGUUUUAAUAAUGCAUCCACGAGGUCAAUUCUGCGGCGGUGAGGCACAGUGUGGCUUCUGGAGGGAAGUCAGCGUGGGUGGUGGAGUUUUCUCGCUAAGGGAAAGUCGAAGUGCCCAACAAAAAGGAAACGUAGUAGAGGAUGAAAAUAAUAUUUUGCAAGAUGGCACUCUGAUUGACCUUUGUGGUGCUACGUUACUUUGGAGAUCAGCCGAAGGCCUAGCAAAAUCGCCGACGAAACAUGAUUUAGAAGAACUAGUUGAUGCGAUAAACGCCGGAAGACCACAGUGCCCAGUCGGUUUAAAUACGUUAGUCAUACCACGUAAAGCCGCUGCCGAUUCUACACAACAGCAGCCGUACGUGUAUUUGAAAUGUGGACAUGUACAAGGGCUCCAUGAUUGGGGUCAGGAAAAAGAUAAAGCUACGAGAAGAUGUCCAAUGUGUCUAGUAGCUGGUUCAGUAGUUAAACUUUCUAUGGGAAUAGAGCCUGCAUUUUACGUUGAUUGUGGCCCACCUACUUAUGCUUUUAGGCCUUGUGGACAUAUGGCUACAGAAAAAACUGUUAAAUAUUGGGAAAAAGUUGCAAUUCCACAUGGUACAAAUGGUUACAUUGCAAUUUGUCCAUUCUGCGCAGUCCCUCUCGAAGGAACACCAGGAUACGUAAAAUUGAUUUUCCAAGAUAAUGUAGAUUGAGGUUCGUUUAUUAUAAGGUCGUGAGUAUGUGUAGAAAUCAUUAACUUCUUAUAAAAUGC